GCCAUUGGGCUUGCAGCCCCGCGGCUGCUUUGCAAGCGCGCGGACUUGAAGCCCAACGAACCUGCGUUCUACAAGCUCGUCGAGUCCGCCAUGCACAUCAAAAGUGAGUGUGUUUCCUGCGGCUUCACGGAGGUGAGCGACGCCAGCGGCGUCGUUACAUUGUUCGACUCUUACUUGAAUGAGAUGGCCCGGCGGGCUUUCGAGGCAGCUUCGUCUGAUGACCUCGGUUUGAAGGCCGCUGCUCUCACCUCCGACCAGGCGAUGACCUUGCAGGUGCUCGUGCAAGGCCCCAAUUCUCAUCGCGUGGAGGUUGGCCUUUCUGCUUGCGCUUUCUUCCAGUCCACCGGCCUCGCUGCAGUUUGUCCAUUCCUGGGGCCGAACAGCGCGUCCUUGACUCAGUGGCGUGGCGGCGUCGCCCUCGCCAAGGUGAUUCAUUGCAACGGCCUGUGCAAUUCUGGGGUGGGUACCUUGAGCCGCGCAGCGCUUGUCGACAGGGCAGCUCCGCGUAAAGACUUCUGGGCCGCAGCAGGCCGAGCGGAGACCAAUGUCCUUGCGACGCUUGGCAAGUCGAUGCAAGAGGGCGCGAUGAACGCGCUGUCCGCCCGUCUAUGCUCGGCUUUCAUGGCCAUUAGCAGGGGGCGCGCAUCUGCCAUUGCACGCGGGGGCAAGACGCUGCUCAACGACAGCGUCGACGCGAUGAUCAAGGCC